CAGCGAACUGGAGGCCGCCGACGAGGAGGAGGAGAACAUGGCCAGCCUGCUGGGCAGUGCGCCGCCCGCCCAGAUCCUGGCCAACCAGCCCAUCAUCGUCAAGAUCGAGCCCACGCAAUCCUUCCACAUUGUGGACGAGGGCGACACGCGGGUGCUGAGCCUGCCCCUCAGCGAUGCCGACAAGCUGGGCGCCAGUUGGAUAGACCUCAAGGACAUUGCCGGCCUGCAGGCGGGCGGAGGAGCCACCUUGCUGGACGUGUGCUUCGAGCAGGCCAACGAGGAGGACACCAUCAUAGCCACCGUGCAGCCGGACAUGGAUGACGACCCCGAGGGUGAGUUGGAGCCGGAGGCCAGGCCGGAGGACGAGACUGAGCCAGAGCCACCGGCAGCCAAGAGAUUGGCCACCAGCAGGCCACCACAGUCGCGGCCACAACAACAGCAGCAGCAGCAGCAACAGCAGGUGAAAUUCCUGUCGGAUCCCCCUGCCUUGGCGCGGUCCAGCAGUUUCAGCAGCCUCAGCAGCUUCAGUAGCAUCAGCAAUAUCAGCUCCGUGUGCAAGAACAUGGCCAGCAACACCAGUCAGGAAGGCAACCUGAAGCGGUCCAAGGAGCGGACGCCACCGCCAAUGCCACCGUUAACCGCACACAAGCCCGCUGCAACAUCAACAGCAACAUCAGCGACAUCGGCAACAGCAACGGCAACAGCAACGGCCAGCACAUCAACAACAUCGGUGAGGGAAAACAGUAGCCACCACGGCAGCAGCAGCAAUGGAGCCAUGACAGCUCAAAUUGAGAUAAUUCCAUGCAAAGUCUGCGGCGACAAGUCAUCGGGCGUGCACUACGGCGUGAUCACCUGCGAGGGCUGCAAGGGGUUCUUUCGAAGGUCGCAGAGCUCCGUGGUGAACUACCAGUGUCCGCGCAACAAGCAAUGUGUGGUGGACCGCGUUAAUCGCAACCGCUGUCAAUACUGUAGACUGCAAAAGUGCCUAAAACUGGGAAUGAGUCGUGAUGCUGUAAAGUUCGGCAGGAUGUCCAAGAAGCAGCGCGAGAAGGUCGAGGACGAGGUGCGCUUCCACCGUGCCCAGAUGAGGGCCCAGAGCGACGCGGCCCCCGACAGCUCCGUGUACGACACCCAGACGCCCUCGAGCAGCGACCAGCUGCAUCACAACAACUACAAUAGCUACAGCGGCGGCUAUUCGAACAACGAGGUGGGCUACGGCAGUCCCUACGGCUACUCGGCCUCCGUGACGCCCCAGCAGACCAUGCAGUACGACAUCUCGGCGGACUACGUGGACAGCACCACCUACGAGCCGCGCAGUACAAUAAUCGAUCCCGAAUUUAUUAGUCACGCGGAUGGCGAUAUCAACGAUGUGCUGAUCAAGACGCUGGCGGAGGCGCAUGCAAACACAAAUACCAAACUGGAAGCUGUGCACGACAUGUUCCGAAAGCAGCCGGAUGUGUCGCGCAUUCUCUACUACAAGAAUCUGGGCCAGGAGGAACUCUGGCUGGACUGCGCCGAGAAGCUUACACAAAUGAUACAGAACAUAAUCGAAUUUGCUAAGCUAAUACCGGGAUUCAUGCGCCUGAGUCAGGACGAUCAGAUAUUACUGCUGAAAACGGGCUCCUUCGAGCUGGCGAUUGUUCGCAUGUCCAGACUGCUAGAUCUCUCUCAGAACGCGGUUCUCUACGGCGAUGUGAUGCUGCCCCAGGAGGCGUUCUACACAUCCGACUCGGAGGAGAUGCGUCUGGUGUCGCGCAUCUUCCAAACGGCCAAGUCGAUAGCCGAACUCAAACUGACUGAAACCGAACUGGCGCUGUAUCAGAGCUUAGUGCUGCUCUGGCCAGAACGCAAUGGAGUGCGUGGAAAUACGGAAAUACAGAGGCUUUUCAAUCUGAGCAUGAAUGCGAUUCGGCAGGAGCUGGAAACGAAUCAUGCGCCGCUCAAGGGCGAUGUAACCGUGCUGGACACACUGCUGAACAACAUACCCAAUUUCCGCGACAUUUCCAUCUUGCACAUGGAAUCGCUGAGCAAGUUCAAGCAGCAGCACCCGAACGUCGUUUUUCCGGCGCUGUACAAGGAGCUGUUCUCGAUAGAUUCGCAGCAGGACCUGACAUAACAAGAGCAGCAGCCGUUCCUGGAGACGACCGCGGACGACGUUGCCGAGGACGCGGCUGCCACCGGAUGUGUCCUGCCGCCGGUGGCGCCCCCUGCCGGGCAGCAGCCGCCGCUGCUCGAGGACUGAGGGCCGCAGGAUGCGGCAACAAUAAUUAUUUGAGUAACCACUGCGCGUGCAGCAGAUACAAGAACUUUAUCAUGAUUUAAGCUAGCAUACAACCAAGGAUGUGAUCCUCGCCAAGGACUCACUUAAAAAGAACUCUAUCUAUAUACAUAUAUAUAUUAUAUAUGACAGAGCGGAUGGCGCAAAGGGAAGGGGAAAUAUUUCAAAAAUAUUGUUAACUCAGUUAAGACUUUUGCUUCGUAGAGAACCGAAACCGAUUGCAUUUCGAGCAAGGGGCAUCAAACUCUGAUUUUCGAGGUUAUACUAUAAUAUACGUAUGUAACUUCCCAACUCUCAUAUCCAGACCCGAGCAGAUCAGAUCGACAAAGUACUUAAAACCAAGCGAAAUUCUCUACCCCGCACACCCUGAACUCACGGUCCCAGGAACCUCAGUUCGGUUAACCCCCAUAAGUCCCGAUUCCGAUUCCGAUUCCGAUCCCGCCUAGGUUGUCUUUGCCUUACGUUGUAACUAAAGUAUGUGUAUUAUAUAUACAGCAGAUGUAUGUAUAACUAUGUCUUAUCGGUUAUAUGCCUAACAACAAUAUUUCUUUGUAAACAACUAAAUCGAAUAUCUCGGAAAAUGUGUUCUUAUAAUUAUAUUGAUUAAUGCAAUUACAAUAUAUUUACAAUUUACCGUUACGUUUUUACAUUUUACAUAAGACGAAGAGGAGGAAACAGAUGAUUAAGGAUUAGGAAGCAAAAAAAAAAGAAGGAGAAGAGUAGCAGUUAAAGUGAGCGAGAAAUCGAAUGAAUACCAGAAAAUUUCAAGCAAGCACAUAAAAGUAUGCAAUAUUUUGUUUAAAAACAACUUUUUAUUAGUUUCUUAAAUAUAACAUAAUUACGUACAUACACACACGUAUAUAUAGGGCUAUAUAUAUCUAUAUAUAUACAUGAUAGACAAAUCCCAAUCCGGUUCCAAGGUUUAGUAAAAAUAAAGAGAAAUAAAACGAAAAACAAAAACUUUUGAUAUGAAAUCCUACGCAUAAUUACAAACUUUUAUUGUUUCUAAGACUUAAACUUAAAUAAAAUGAAAACCAAAACAGACUGACGGACCGACCCCGACAGCAUGCCACGCCCUCCCCCGCCCCCACCCUCCACAGAUCCUGGCAGAAAUUAACAAGGAGUUCGAUGCUUAAAUCGAGAAAAGAAAUCUUCAAAAAAUAAAGACAAGCAAACGGCAACUUUUUUGGUUGAUACAUUUAAAUAUAUACAUUUAUAUAACUGACUGACUAUACAAAGACGUUACACACACGCAUACACACACAUACACGCAUAUACACACACACAUGCUUACAUUACAUAAAUUAGUUAAACUUAGAGUAAACGAAACAACAAAAACACAUUGGAUAGUAGGUGAUAAUUGGUGUGUCUUAAAUAACCCCUCCCCCUUUCCCACCCCGCCCACUUGCUUAUCCCCCAACACCCCCAAAACCCCACAUUUUUACUAAAUUUAAAGCUUAAUCAAAACAAUUUUUGGUACAUAUUCAAAAGGAAAUUUCAGCAGGCAGGCAUAAUUAUUAAUUAACAUUAAUUAUAGCGAGGAAAAUUAUAAAUAAAAUGUAUACAACAAAAACUAAAAAAAAAUCAAAUAAAUUACAUUUUGCAAAUUCCACAAAAAAAUAACAACCUUACUUUGCAAGUUCUCUCAAAAAUCCUUUCCCUGAAUCCGUGCGAGAAAUAUUUACACUAGCUUACAUUAAACUGGGACGAGGACAUCAAUAUUUCAAUUGAAAAAAAUCUAUGUUAAUGUAAUCGAUCGAUUUGGACAUAUUUAAGUUCUACAUUUUUGGCCUUACAAAAGAAAACAAAAAGAAAGAAACCUAAAGUACUUUAUAUAUAUACAAACCAUAUAUACAAUAUAGAGAAUACAAAACUAGUUUUAAUUUAUACAAAGCAAGGGAGCAGCUUUCAAACUCAAAACAAAAAUAUCCCCAAAAAACAAAAACUUUGUUAAAAAUUACCCAUAAUAAAGAAAUUAAUUAAAUAAACAGACGACACAAAGUUAAUCUAUAAUAUAAAUUGAAGUUAAGUUGGUUUGAGCGGACGAUGGCGACAACAUAAAUGUAUCUAUAAAUGAUAUAUGUAUUGUUAAAUUUGUAUGCUAAGUUUUUAGUGAGAGAAACGGUUAAAUUUUUAAAUAAUAACAGAAGAUCGCGAACUCUACACGGUGUAAAAUGAGUACAUUUAAAUUUAAAUUAGCAUAUAUACGGCAUAAAUAUUAUGUUACGAUAUUUACAUUUAUAUAAAACAACAAAAAAACAAAAGAAACCGACAAAAA